CACAAGGGUAGCCGCGCGGUAAGCUGGUCGUGAAAUCCAUUGAAAUCAGGCUGUGCCGUGUGUGCGGAGUCUGAGAUUUUAAACAUUAGUGGAGUUUUAAUAGGCCACAAAGAACAUUAGAUAAUGGCUAAUGCUGUAACGCUAUCUGUAGCGGUGUGGGAAUAUGUCCAUUUCUCGGGAACAUGGACGGCGUACCCGCCGGACGUCUGCGAAAAGCUUGAACGGGCGAGGAUCAAGUCGGAAAGCAAGGAUGAAACGAAAGUACCGAUUGACAUCUCGUGCAGCGGUGUCAAAGCUCACUUUGUUGAUGUUGUGAAAAUGCAGCAAGUCUUUGGCGACGAACCGGAUCACUGUGCUGCUUCCCCGGUACGAAGGAAUCUGUAUCCUCUUGACAGCGCUCCGGCGAAAGGAGUCAACUGGGAAUGGCGAACGAACAGCGGAGAGUGGUAUCCUUACAGCGUUCAUCUCUCUUGCCUCAUUGAAAAAGCCAAGGAACAGGGGCUGCCCAAGAUUAACUUGCAAGACAACUAUCCUGAAUGCAUAUACAUUGUGGAAUUCACAACCAUGCAUCAAAGGAACAAUUUGACAAGUCUCUGCCAUGUCAUUCGAAGAGUUGAAGGAGAAAACUACCCACUGGCACCUGACUACAUCACUUGUCCAAGAAUAAACCUGAAUCUCCCCGAAAGCAGGAAACCAAACCCUAUGGAACUGAUGUUUCCUGAAAGCGAUAGUGACUCUUCUGAUGUUACAGUGAUUGCAGAAAUCAGGAAACCAAACCCUACGGAACUGAUGUCUCCUGAAAGCGAUAGUGACUCUUCUGAUGUUACAGUGAUUGCAGAAAUCAGGAAACCAAACCCUACGGAACUGAUGUCUCCUGCAAGCGAAAGUGACUCUUCCGAUGUUACAGUGAUUGCACAAAUCAGGAAACCAAACCCUACGGAACUGAUGUCUCCUGUAAGCGAUAGUGACUCUUCCGAUGUUACAGUGAUUGCACAAAUUUUUCCAAAAAGACGCAAGGGACGAAGAAGCAUCCACACUGCUUCUUUUGUUGGAAUUCCAUCUACAAUAGAAGGUGCAUCAGACACCAAGAGCCUGAAGACGGAGGGCUCUAAUUCUCUUCAUGACAUAAAGCUACCCAACAAUUCAUGGCCCGAUUCUGUGCAAGAUCCUCCUGAACCUGAGGAUUUCCUGGCAAGGCACAUGGUUGAUGUCACAGGAACAAUUCCAGCUGAGGAUUGCAGCAUCUGUUGUGAACCACUGGUCGCCUCCUCAUCCUACAACAGCAGUGGCCGGGUGGUGAGCCUUUUCCACUGUAGCCAUCAUUUCCAUUAUGCCUGCCUUGCAGCUAUGUAUAAAAGCAAUGGAAAGGCAAGCUACCUGCAGUGUCCUGUGUGCAAGGCCAUAUAUGGAGUGAAACAGGGCAACCAGCCAUCAGGCAUCAUGAACUUCCAAGUGCUGCCUUUCACACUCCCUGGCUAUGAGGGCUGUGACACCAUUCAGAUCACAUACCACAUCCCUUCUGGAGUUCAAGGGCCUGAGCACCCACGGCCUGGCACGCCGUACACUGCGAGAGGAUUCCCUAGGCAUGGAUACCUGCCCAACAAUGAUCAAGGCCGACAGGCACUGAAGCUUCUGGUGGAAGCCUGGGAGCGGAGGCUCAUAUUCACCAUUGGCCAGUCGACCACCACUGGAGAACAAGACACAGUGACAUGGAAUGUGAUUCACCUUAAGACUGAGUGUGGGUCCAAUGACACAGGGGAUGGUUUUCCAGACCCUUCUUAUCUGGACAACCUCCUUGCCGAGCUUCGAGCGCACGGGGUCACUGGCUAGAAAGCAUCUGAAUGCACAGAUUCGUAUCAUGAGAGGCCAGCAUACAGCGCUUGUCUGCGAAUGUCCUGCUGCAUCGUCUACGGACAUCACGGAUCAUACUGUUAUAAAUUUUAUUUUAGUUGAUGGUUUUUAAUGCUUUGACUAUAAUGGCUGUUGCACAUGCGAGAUGUACAUGCAAAAACUGAAGUGAUCUGUUUGGAGUCUUUGCUGCUGUCUUGUAUGGUUAUCAUUGAGACAGAAGGUACAAAUUUGUUCAGAAUUCUUACCUCUCAUCUGCAAUAAAGAGGUGUUGU